AUGACCAUAGUUAACAAGCCAAAAUCUUCAAAAUCUAAAAAAUCAUCAUCAAGGCGGUCUGACAAAUCUAAGAAACCCCGUACUAAAAAAAUGACAUCACGCACCGCAAAUCUGGGCCGGGUACCACCUGCAGAAGAUCCAAACAAAGUCUCUGUGGACAAAGGACCUGGAGGUGCUAUUUAUUGUAGAUCAUCUCAAAAAUCUAAGCCUUUUGCCCAAAGAGAUCUAGUUGUUAAUGACGGAAUUGCCCCGCCACAAAGGAUUCUUUUUCCACCUGAGAAAAUUUGUAUGGAUUGGCAACAAACGCAAAGUGUUGGAGUUGGACUGCAGAAUCUUGGCAAUACGUGUUUCCUUAAUUCUACUCUGCAAUGUUUGACCUACACACCCCCUCUCGCCAAUUACAUGCUUUCUCUUGAACACACCCAGUCAUGUCAUGAAGAAGGCUUCUGUAUGAUGUGCACAAUGGAAACUCACAUUAAUCAGGUUCUGUGUUGCUCUAAUAAUGCCAUCAAACCUACAUCUGUUAUCAAUGGCCUUAAAAGAAUAGGAAAACAUUUCCAUUUUGGCAGUCAAGAGGAUGCACAUGAAUUCUUAUGCUUCACUGUUGAUGCUUUGCAGAAAGCUUGCUUAAAUGGAAGCACCAAAUUGGACAGAUCCUCCCAAGCCACCACACUUAUUUAUCAAAUAUUUGGAGGAUAUCUAAGAUCCCGAGUAAAGUGCUUGAACUGCAAAGCAGUUUCGGAUACAUAUGAGCCAUUCCUUGAUAUUACUUUGGAUAUAAAGGCAGUUACAUCUGUCACCAGAGCUCUAGAACAAUUUGUGAAACCGGAGCAACUGGAUGGUGAAAAUAGCUAUAAGUGUAGCAAGUGUAAAAAGAUGGUUCCUGCGUCAAAGAGGUAUACAAUACAUCGUUCUUCCAACGUUCUCACAAUAUCACUGAAAAGAUUUGCAAAUUUUACAGGUGGAAAGAUCAAUAAGGAUGUAAAAUAUCCUGAAUAUUUGGAUCUUCGAGCAUAUAUGUCCCAAUCAAUUGGAGAACCACUCAUCUAUGCUUUAUAUGCAGUUCUUGUACAUAGCGGUUUCAACUGUAACGCAGGACACUAUCUCUGCUUCAUAAAGGCUGGUAAUGGACUUUGGUAUCGAAUGAACGAUGCCUCAGUAGACCUUUCUGAUAUCAAAACAGUUCUCAAUCAGCAAGCUUAUGUACUUUUUUAUAUCAGGCGCUAUGAUUUGACACUCGGAGAACGUGCUUUUUACUUACCAGCACCGUCUUAUCCCCGUUCAUUCCUUGGUCAGCGGGGGGCUAAUAGUAAGCAGGCUGGAUUUAUGGGACCACGACUUCCUCCUCAUAUGAUUAAGAAUUCAAGUCGUUUAAAUGGAAAUGGACCCCUGAAAGAGGAUCCGAAUACCGUUGGUGUCACCCUAAAAAGGCCAUCUUCAGCUCCACCAACAGCUUGUGUUCAGAACUGGGCAAUUACCAGGCCUUCGAUUACUGAUCCAUCAAAAAACCAGAAGAUCACUAUCAGUAUUCAUAACAAAUUGCCUGCACGUCAGACUGUGUCGCAACCUGACUGUCUUAGCAGUGCUGCGGAGGAUGAGGAUCUAAGCAAGCCUGUUCCUUCAUCCACAAUUACAAAUUCUUCUGCAGCAGAGUCUACCUCAAAUGCAUCUACAAUGUCAGUUGCUAAUGUUUCCAAACAGGAAGUUCCUGAUGAAAUUUUUGUUGAGCCAGCAGUGAAUGGAAGUCUUAAACUCAGCGCUGAUAACACAGUCCCUUACGGUGCAGAAUCUUCAGGAAAAUCGGAGGAGUCGAAGGGCUUGUUUAAAAGGAAUUGCAACAUAAUAUCUUCUAAUGGAAUUUUGAUUGGAAAGGUGGUCCGUACAUUGCAGAAUUCCCAUUCUUCCUGUCAGAAUGCUGAAGAAGAAAGAUCCCAGCAUGAGCUGCCAAAAAAUGAUUCACUAAAUGGUGCUAUUAGUGUAGAUAAUGAAUCUAAAGAAAACGGACUGAAACUUGAUGAUUCCACUUGCCAAGUCCAACCUGUUAAACCUUCUGAGAUUUUCUUUUCUAAAACAAACGGAUUGCUUGAAACAAUGCCUAUAGCUUUGUCGCCGGUUCCUCAAGAAAUAAUCUUAGAAUCUCUCACAUACAGCCAGUUGAACAGCUUGUCAGAGGAAAUAAGUGUCCCUGGACCUCAGAAAUCUUCUGAGAAUGAUGCUCUUAUGGAAACUGUAGUGAUGGAAGCACUGUUUGCAUAUGAAGAAUCCAGGAAAGUUCCUUCCAACUUUGGCUGUGAUGUUGAGAAUCUUUUUACUCAAUCAGAUUCUGAAACUAUUUCUACCAAAGAAGAAGUUGCUGAAAGUAUUAUAGCAAAAGCUGAUAACGCGCAUCCCAAUAUCAAUGGUCAGCACAAGGUCAGGAAAAAAUCCUUGGACACUGAAGAUGAAUUCCUUGGGCAGUGUGAGUCUGAAGAUAGUAGAGACAAAGACAAACCAAGAAGAUCAAAAGAACCUGAACUAAUUUCAAAAGAAAAUCCUUUGUACAUCAAAGGGUCUCCUGAGAGCGAAGAGAAAUUGGGGCAAACUUCCUCUAUAAAGUCUGACAUUGAAUGUAGUUCUAAAAAACUUGCAUCUCUAGAUAUUACAGAUAAAUGCCAAGAUACAAAGGACAUUUCUAAUAACUAUGUAGAGGUACCACCUGUUAAUGACUCUUCUAUUACGAAGCUAGAUAAAGUUUUGGAGAGUCAAUUUUCUAGAGAAAACGAGGGACUGAGUAAUAAAAAAUGUGAAGAAGAUAAACAUAGGAAAAAAUAUAAGAAAAAAAUAUACGACUCUAAAAAAACUGACAAAGAGCACUACCGAAAGAAGAGAGAAAACUCGGACACUGAAGAGAGGGAGAAGGAGAAGCAAACCAGAAGCAAAUCAGAUGAUUACUCCCACAAGAGGAGGUGCUCUCGCAGUGUGGAAACAAAUAAGCAAAAUCGUCAUAAGCAGGAAUAUUGCAGUGAAAGCAAGUACAGAUCUUCCCAUAAUGAAAGAAACAGUCCAAAUAAUGGCAAAAGCUCAGGAAAAUACUCUCGUUAUAGAUCACGAAGCAGAGAAAGAAUAGAACAAGACAGGAAUAGGUAUUAUCAUUCCAAAGGAGAGAGAACUUGGAGCAGAGAAAGAUACUAUCAAGAUGAACCGCGGAGAUGGGAAAAAUGCAGAUACUACAAUGAUUAUUAUUCCUGUCAUGGAACAAGAGAUGGUAGAGAGAGAAAGUCCUCUCAUUGUGAUAAAGACUUUGACAAAUCGAGUCAAGCUUACAACAACAGGUCACAUAAGGAUUACCAUUGCAAAAGCAGAUGGCCUCACAACACGCUCUCUAGAGAGGAAGAUGUACAUCACUUCAGCAGCCACAGAGCAAACUUACAUCAUUGUUCAGUACCUCAGCAGCAAUCUGAAAAAUAUUCUCGUGAAAGGCAUGCACUUCCACCUGUGUCAGCUCAUUCAAAUUUUGAGGAGUCUUCCCGGGAAAAUGAAAAACUAAGAAAUGGCAAAAGAAAAUACACCCACGCAGAAGGAAGCGGAAGCGAAAUAGAAAAGAAAUGCCGAAAGAUAGGUGACCAAAGAAUGAAAAAAUAUAAGAAGGUCAAGAAGAAAAAGAAGUCCAAAGAUAAACAUCGAGAGAAGGAUUACAAACUUUAUGAUUUGGAUUUCUCUGUGCUCCGCUUUGACAAUGACAAUCGCAAACGUAAGAAAAAGAAGAAAAAGAAGAAACACAUCAGGAAACUGAAAGGCUUCUUGGAAUAUUUAGAUCCUCGUUUCCAGAAGAAAACACGGGAGAAGAAGGAAGAAUCCUGUCCUCCAGGUGGCUAUUUAUGUGAGCAAUACAGAAACCAGGGCAGUAAACAACCCUACAAGGAAGGGAAGCCUUCCGGUGCAGGAGAAAGCAAGAAAUACAGCUCCAUCACAUCCAAUGAGUAUGUUAAAGAUGCAGAGCUUACUGAUGGAAGCCUUCAAUACUCAAACUAAACCUACCA